AUUACAUGUUUGCCUUGGUUCGUUGGGGAACGUCUUUUAUUUUGGUGUCACACGCGCUCCUCAUUUGCACAAACAAAAAAGAAAGCGCGGCUUGGUAUCACCUCCCAGCAAGGACAUUUGAAAGAGAGACAGACGCCUCCGACAAAAUGUCCGUACGAAAUUGCUUGUACAAAAAAUGCCAGAAUUUCAUUACCACUGGAGAUAAAACCUCACGCAGUAAACCCAAUCUAACUCUGUUUGCCUUUCCCAAGGACGUCGAACGACGAAAAAAGUGGUUGGAGUUGGGAAAGGCCCCAGCCAAUUUACCCAUAAACUACUAUUUUUAUUGUUCGGAUCAUUUUGAUAAGUGUUUCCUAAAUGUUGGACACCGGCGAACAACACUGGUGGGAGAGGCCAUACCACAUGCCUACCAAUCGGACAAUGAAGAUGAUGAAGAUCUGGAGUACAGUGGAAAAGUUGAGUAUGUUAAUUACGAUGACGAUUGGUAUUUGAAAGAUGAGGAUAACAACUUCGACCAGGGAGGAGAAGAAAGGCAACAGCACACAAUUGUUGAAUCGACGACCACAACAACCAUUAAUUAUGAUGAUGAUAUGCAGCUCAUUGUCAAGGAAUUGGGCUUGUCUAAAGAUAAUCACACAAAUUCUGGUCAAUCCAGUGGCUCCGCAAAUGUGGAAAAUAAAACAUAUAAGAGGAAAAUACGCAAUCUGGAGGCCACAACAUCUGUGCCGAGCAAUAAAAUCAAAUUUCUACAGCACACGGAAUCAUUAACAACUCUACCAACCCCAGCAGAAAACAACAUUCGCAUUGUCUCGAGCUCUUCGAUUCCAUCGUAUACAGUAUUGGAUUCUAAUGGUUAUAUAUCGUUGGAUUUAAAUGAAGAUAACAAGCCAUCCACCUGCAAAAAUAUUAUUAAAGAGGUUGAGGCAAAUGUGGACAGGGAGGAGUCCAUUGUCGAAUUAAAUCCUGAGAAACUUAUCGAUGCUGAAAACGUGUCAUCGUUUAUAUUCAAGGGUGAGGAGUAUGUACAAAUGUCAAAGGACUAUUAUAUUAAGGAAAAACUAGAGCUGGUAAAGCAGCUGGAAAAAUUAAAAAAUACCGUUGCAGGUAUUAAGAAAUUACUAAAGGACACAUAGUAUGUUUUAUUAUGUAUAGUUUUAGUUGAUUAAGAUAAGUAUCUAAAAAAAUAAUUACAAAUUUUUAACUCAAAUAAAUUUAGGGAAAAUGUUAAACUCAAAAAGUUUUUUUUUUAAUUUUUAAUAAUCGGUAGAAAAUUGAACAACAUAUUUUUAUGAUUAGAAAGGAAUACAUGCUAACAAAAUGUUUUUUUUUUAAUUAACACCAUUACAACUUAAAAAUAGCAAUAAAAUAUUAUUUCCUAAAAACUAGACACAUAA